AUGAGCUUCUUGGGCCUUGUUUCUGCUGAUAAGUUAGCAAAGGCAGAAGAAUCGUCUAGAGCCGAGAGCAGGCGAGCGGAGGAGGCAAAGGAACGUGCAGCAGAGGAAAGGAGAGAUGCUCAAAAAGCAAGGGCAGAAGCAACUGCAAGUACAAUAAGAGCUCAGAAUGCUGAAGAACAAGCCAGAAUGCAGAACCAAAGAGCGAAUGAGGAAAGGGGACGUGCAGAACAGGAAAGGAAGGCUGCUGAAAACGCAAUGGAAGAAGCAGCUGCAAAUGCAAGAACAGCUAAACAAGCUAAAGAACAAGCCCAAAGAGAAAAUCAAAGAGCGUAUGAGGAGAGGGAACGUGCAGAACAGGAAAGGAUGAUUGCUGCUAAAGCAAAGGAAGAAGCAGGUGUAAGUGCUGCAAGAGCCAAACAAGCUGAAGAACAAGCCCAAAGAGAAAACCAAAGAGCGAAUGAGGAGAGGGAACGUGCAGAACAGGAAAGGAUGAUUGCUGCUAAAGCAAAGGAAGAAGCAGGUGUAAGUGCUGCAAGAGCCAAACAAGCUGAAGAACAAGCCCAAAGAGAAAACCAAAGAGCGAAUGAGGAGAGGGAACGUGCAGAACAGGAAAGGAUGGUUGCUGCUAAAGCAAAGGAAGAAGCAUCUGCAAUUGCAAGAACAGCUGAACAAGCUAAAGAACAAGCCCAAAAAGAAAACCAAAGAGCGAAUGAGGAGAGGGAACGUGCAAAACAGGAAAGGAUGGUUGCUGCUAAAGCAAAGGAAGAAGCAUCUGCAAGUGCAAGAACAGCUGAACAAGCUAAAGAACAAGCCCAAAAAGAAAAUCAAAGAGCGAAUGAGGAGAGGGAACGUGCAGAACAGGAAAGGAUGGCUGCUGAAAACGCAAAGGAAGAAGCAACUGCAAGUGCAAGAACAGCUGAACAAGCUAAACAACAAGCCCAAAAAGAAAACCAAAGAGCGAAUGAGGAGAGGGAACGUGCAGAACAGGAAAGGAUGGCUGCUGCUAAAGCAAAGAAAGAAGCAGAUGUAAGUGCUGCAAGAGCCAAAGAAGCUGAAGAACAAGCCAAAAUGGAAAUCCAAAAAGCUCUUAUAGCACAUGAAGAUGCAACGGUACAGAGAAAGAGGGCAAAAGAGGCACAAGAACAUGCAGAUAAAAAGACCAGGCAAUUGUCAACUGCAGAAGAACAGUUUGAGAAGAUGAGACUAUAUAAGGAAACUGCUGAGCAAGAAAAGCAACGCCUUGAGAAAGAGAAAGAAGAAAAACAAAGGAAAGAUGAAAGUUUAAUGCAAUUUGCAUGGGGACCAAAGAAGACAGAACGAGGAACAUGGACAUCUCAGGAGGUUGAACGACUCAGCAAGAAAUUUCUUGAACACAUGUAUGACAAGGAAGGGAAGCUGAUUCGUGGAAAGAUCCUGAUGUUUGGCCCUAGCGGUGCCGGAAAGUCCUCAUUCUGCAAUGGCCUGAGAUCAGCACUGAAGGAUUCUGUCGCACCUUCCAACUACUAUGCCGUUGGUAAUAUUGACGAUUCACUUACUAGCAGUUUCCAUUCUACACAAUAUGGGGACCACUGGAUUAUUGACAUGCCAGGAAUAUUUGAAUCCAGUGAUUUCAAAACGGAGAAUAUUGAAGCUAUUGCAUCCGGCAGGGUUCGCUUUGAUGCCCAGAUUACAAAACGUCUUGAUGUGACAGGCAACCUGCAAGAAGCACGAAGGGAUGUGUCAUGUGUUGUGCUGGUUCUCCAUCAUGGCAUCACUGUGGGUGAUGAACUGAAACGUCAGAUAGAUGCUGUCAUACGAUUGGGGGGAGAUGGCGCCCUGUCCUACCACCUGGUGCUGACUCACCUGGAUGAGUGUGACCCUCAGUUCAAGGACCCAGGAAACAUCCACAACCUGUACACUUCCCCUCUAGUACAGGAAGCUGUGAAGAACGUGUCAGAAGAUACUGGCAUUCCACCAUACGCCAUCAGUUACGUGAAGAAUUAUGUGACAGAAACAGACACAGACACCAACACCAAACUGCUUCACCUGAGAGCUCUUGACAGAAUCCUCACCUCUGUGGCUGACCAAGUGGAGAAGAUGAUUGAUUUAAAACUUCAGAAGAACAUGUAUGAGGAUGCCCCUGAUACUGAGGAGACACAAGCUGUAUCUGAAGAUAAUGCUGAGCCGCUACAAAAUGAAUCAGUCAGCUGGGCCAUCCCAGCGUUGAUAUCAUCUGGGAUAGGUUUGGGCGCUGUGAUAUAUAUGUUUACAAAGCGAUUGUAGGCUGUGAUGGGCCCCUCGUAUCGUCAGUAAAUUCAAUUUUAUUCACCAAAGACUCAAAACCAAUCUUGUGUCUCCAAAAAUGAAAUAAAUAAUAAAUAGUACAAAUCAAUGAAGGAUAAUACCAGAGGCAAAAUAAAUCAGCAUAUCCAAAAACUCAAGGCAGUUGUGAAUAAACCAUUCAUCACAAUAAAAACUGACGAUUUGAUUUAGCAAAAGCAUCACUGAACUUAUAGCUAUAUGACGGAAUUCCUAGCCCGUAAAUAGAUUUAAGUGAUGGUAUUAGUAUUUCUUUGCUGUGAUUCUCAGCAUAUUUAUUGGAGCAUGUUUUGGAGCACGAGAAAUAAAUUCAACCCACAGAGUGAAAUCCAAAAAUAGGGACACUACUGAACUGCGACUUGCCUUUGCAUGUGCGUCUGACUGGUGUCACUGGUGGGGGCUCACCUUUUCAUAGUGAUUCGUAAACACUUGCUCAUGAUAUAGUCGGACACGUACUAUCGGCUGUAGCGGAGAUUUCUUAUGAGUGGGAUAACAAUGGUAGGUGUUGACAACAAGGGGAUAAUGCGGUCUCAACACAAUGGACAGAGAACACAUAGGUGGAAGCCAAUAGGGACAUGAAGCCAAUAAACAGGAUAAGUGAUUAUUGUUUGAUGAGUUGAUAGUAGGCGGUUUUCACGUCUACUAAAGGAGUAAAAAAGGAGAAACUUUUCUUGCCAAAUCAACUUUUUAUUACUCAUUUCAUUUUUGUCCACACUGUAAAAGAAUAGAUCUCCAGAGGUUAAACGUGUUUUCAGUACACAACAUCCACAACAAUAAGUUGUGGAUAUCAAGAUUGAUUUAUCAAUAAUGUAUUUCACGAAUUAGCAAUAUUCAUUGGAAAUGACAUCAGCUAAUAUGAUUUUGGAAAACUUGACUCAACUGUGGAAGGUUUCAUUUUUCAAGCUGAUUGUAGAAUGCGUUCUGUCAGCAUUUCUCUGGCCACGUAACUUUGUCGUUUAAGUCGUUUAAGUCUAUCUCUCAAAAAUGAUCAUAAAGUAUAUAUGUGUAGGCAUAAAAUCUGCACCAUUGUGUGACAAUAGGACCACCCCAUAACAAACCAUUAUACAGGAUUUGCUUUCCAUUACCAAUCUGGCAUCCCUAGAAAGUCCAACUGCUGCAAGCUUCUGCGAAGUGAGGAUGAGCAAACUACAACAGUUCUAACAUAUACACGGAAUAUGCCUGAUUAACACUAUUCCAAUCAGCAUUUUUGUUGAAUAUGAAUUUCUAUUCCUAACCCAAUGUAAUUUACAAUACUUAGUGAGUAAGUGAGUGAGUGAGUUAAAAUUGAACGUCGCAUCGGCAUUAUUUCAGCCAUAUAGUGAUGAGACCAAGUUAAUAUAUUCACAAUUGAGUCAUAUAUGCAAAAUUAUGUUUAAAAAACAUAUUUUAGCAUAACAACAUCAUGUUUACGGUUUUAAAACACGGGCUACUGGCCACUAGUAACCAAAGCUAGGCCACCUAGCUGGAGAUGAUGGGGACUUACUGUAACUUGGCUUCCUGCUUGAUACCCCAGCAGGAUUUACGUCAUCACUUUAGCCACUGGUGGUUUUGCAAAGUGCUAGCCAAUAUUAAAAGACACUCAACAAUGAGUUGGCUUAAAAAAACACUGGUUGAUGAUAGUUACAUCGGUUAUGAUAGAAGUACGUGUCACACAGGGGGACAAUAAUUUGACGAUACUUUAACCUCCUGGACAGAGUCUUCAAUAAUAAUCAGUUGAUAAAAGCAUCACACCAAACAUUCAAAAGAGGUAUUUAAUCAUUCAUAUACAUAUAUAAAGUAUAUCUUAAGUAACUUCAGACGAGAUGCCCGCUUACAGGGGAAAAAUAUUUUGUUUAUCUUUGAUAAUGUGAAUCCCUUGCGACUGCAAAGUCCACACAGUCAAGCAAAAUUUGGCAUCUGUUGGUUUGAAAUCCUUGUACAGGAUAAGUAGUGGAGAAAAUGGUUUGUCAAGAGCUGCUUUAGAUGCAGCAUCAGCUUUUGAGUUAUUAUGCCUACAUGACUUUGCAUGACGAUGUCACAUUGGCCAGUGGAAAGAUCAUUAUAUAGUUCUAAAAAAAUAGGGUGAUAUGAUGAAAAUGAUUUCAGGAGGCACUUUUAGUGCCUGAAGAAUCAGAGAAGAUGAUGAAUGUUUUAGAUUGUUUUUGAUGUUUGAAAUGGGUCAAAGCUGUUAAGAUAAGUUGUCGGGAGCCUUCAGGCACUUUGUCCUUAAAUAUAAGAAUGUGAGAUAAAGAAUUUGGCUUCCUCUACUACCUUGAAAGGAGUACCAUCUAAAAUACAUCAUACAUCCUUGUGGGUUUUAUACUUAUGACAAAAGUGAAUACAGUUUAUUUUGGAUUUUGAACAUUUGAAGUCGUUUUCGAAUUUAUUUUUAUUUUUUUAAGACAGAACUGUAGCUGUGUUUAUAUUGUAUGCAUAUGCUUACUACGAAAGAAAUGUUGAAAUCGUCCACAGAAAGUAAACCAUCAACGCUAGUGAUUAAUACUUUAGUGUGACUAUUAAUUUUGAUGCUGAAAAGUGUGGCUCAUAGUUCACAACCUUGAGGGACGCCCUUAUCUUUAUGGAAAUGAUCAGACAGGGUAGAGCCCACUCGUACUUGAACUUGUUUGUUGUUUGAAAAUUGAUAUAUGGACUGAGAUAGUUUGCCCCUCAAAAAUAUCAUGUUUCCACAUUGUUUCAUAUGCCUUUUCCAGAUCGAAAAAGAUUGAUACAGUAUGUUGUUUGC